AUGGGAAACAAGAAGAAGUCGAAGCCGAGCAGGAGCAAGAAGAAGCCCAAAACCAGCGCCGACCAGGCCCUGGCCCUAGACUACGUCCGCGCCUGGGCGCAACCCGCGCCGCCACCACCGGAACCCUCGGUGGCCGACGCCGACGACUUCCUGCCGGUCCUGGCUACGCGCGGGGGCGAUGUGCUGUUUGAGCUCCACUCGCACUCAAACCACAGCGACGGGUUCCUCUCCCCUUCCGCGCUCGUCGAGCGCGCCCAUCGCAACGGGGUAAAAGUUCUCGCCCUAACAGAUCAUGACACCAUGGCUGGCAUACCAGAAGCUGUGUCAGCAGCUUCCAAGUUUGGCAUUAGAAUAAUUCCUGGUGUUGAAAUCAGUGCGCUAUAUAAUCCAAGGGAAGUUGCCGGUGCUGGUGAGACUGUUCAUAUCCUUGCAUACUAUGGUAUGUGUGGUCCGUCAAGGCCUGAUCAGUUGGACAGCGUGCUAUUGAACAUUAGAGAUGGGCGAUACUUACGCGCAAAGAACAUGCUGCAAAAGCUAACUACACUGAAGGUGCCAAUAAAGUGGGAACAUGUGACUAAAAUUGCUGGUGAUGGAGUGGCACCUGGCCGAUUGCAUAUAGCAAGGGCUAUGGUUGAAGCGGGUUAUGUAGAGAAUGUAAGGCAAGCAUUCAACAAAUACCUCGGUGAUGAUGGCCCAGCAUAUGCCAGAGGAAGUGAACCAUUUGCAGAGAAUGUUGUGCAGUUAAUUAGUCGCACUGGGGGUAUUUCUGCACUUGCUCAUCCUUGGUCAUUGAAGAACCCGGAUGCAAUAAUCAGGUCUUUAAAAGGUGCUGGUCUUAAUGGUAUGGAGGUCUACAGAAGUGAUGGAAAAGUUGAUGGAUUUAGCGAGUUAGCUGAGAAGUAUGGACUUCUGAAACUUGGAGGUUCAGAUUUCCAUGGAAGAGGCGGAAAAGAUGAAUCUGACGUUGGAACAGUUAAGCUCGCUAUUACAACUUUGUGCUGCUUUUUGAAGAUGGCUAGGUCUAUCUGGUCUUCUGCUAUGAAAGACAUCCUGCUGAAGUUUGCAGAGGAACCGUCUGCCACAAAUCUAGGAAACAUGCUUAAGUUUGGACGACUUACCAAUUUUGCUGGUUUUUCUCCAAUAAACAAUGGUAUUCAUGUUGUUGAUUUCUGCUUAUCUUCAUGGUCAAGCACUGAUGAUAUGGAAGAUGUUGAGCUUGAAGAGGUAAGAUUGAAGCUUGCCCAUUAUGCAGCAGAAAGAUAA